GCCGCGGCAGACGCCCGGGUGGCCAUGGCGCCCGCCGAAGUGGGCCGGGUGGAGGUGGCCGACCCGGGCUCCCGGCUCCCGGGGGGCUUCUGGGAGGCCGCGGCCGUGUGGCUGGAGAGGCCGCAGGUGGUCAACAAGCGGCUGUGCGGCGCGCGUGUGGAGGCUCGGCGCCGCGCCCUGCUGCCGGGCGCCCAGGCCUGCCCAGGCUCGCGGUCAGAGGAGCGGGACGGGGCGGGACGCGAGCCCGGGGAGGAGGCCCAGGGCCGGCCCCUGCGCGCCGGGGACCCCGCGCAGUCCCGCGACGCCGCCGGCCGGGACGCUGACUUGGCGGCUGCCGCGGAUCUGGAUGCGCUCUGGGAAGAGUUCUCGGCGAGCCUCGCCAGCCGCCAGCCGGACAUGCUGGCCUUCCUCGGGCGGCCCGCGGCGGGGGCGCAGCCGGGGGCGCGGCGCGAGCUGGAGGUGAUACUCCGAACCGUGAUCCCCAAAGCAGGUCCCCAUGGCGCGCGCGCGGCCCCGGCGAAAGAGAUGGCCGUGCGAGAUGUGGCCUGCGGGGCAGUGAGCUUCUUCCCCCUGGAAGAGGACGGCGAGGGCAACCUGCACGUGCGGAGAAGCAGCGUGUACCGACUUGAGCUCAGACAGAGCGGACAGGCCUGGUUCAUAUCUGUUUUAAUUUUCUGUCCAGAAAGCUGGCACUCAGAUGGAGUGGUCUGUCCCAGACCCAGCUGGCUUGGAGGGACGCUGCUGGCCAGGCUGGCCAGGUGGUCUGUGGCAAGCAAGAAGCGUGCCUUUAAGGACACCCUGUCCCUCAUCUGCGUGGCCAAGUACAGCAGGACCCACCAGGCGCUCAGAGAGAAGUACAGAGCCCUGGUGAAGGUGUGGCCUGAAGUCACCGACCCUGACAAGUUCGUUUACGAGGAUGUGGCCAUCGCUGCGUACCUGCUGGUCCUCUGGGAAGAGGAGCGAGCUGCCAGGGGCGUGACGGCCAAGCAGUCCUUCGUGGACCUGGGCUGCGGGAACGGCCUGCUGACUCACAUCCUGUGCAGCGAAGGGCAUCCAGGCCGCGGAGUAGACGUGCGGAGGAGAAAGAUCUGGGACCUGUACGGGCCACAGACACGCUUGGAGGAAGAGGCCAUCUCCCCAAGUGACAAGACCCUGUUCCCUGGCGUGGAUUGGCUCAUUGGUAACCACUCGGACGAACUCACGCCCUGGAUCCCCGUCAUUGCGGCCAGGUCCUCCUAUGACUGCCGCUUCUUCGUGUUGCCCUGCUGCUUCUUUGACUUUGCCGGCAAGUACCGCCGCCAGCACAGCCAGAAGACACAGUACCGCGAGUACUUGGAUUUCGUCCAGGAAGUGGGGCAGACCUGCGGCUUCCACCUGCAGGAAGACUGCCUGCGGAUCCCUUCAACCAAGCGGGUCUGUCUCCUGGGGAAGUCCAGGACUUACCCGCCCACCGCCGAGGCCGCCGUGGACGAGCGUAGGGCCCAGUACAUCCGCAGCAGGCGGGGCUGCCCUCCGAGCCCGCCUGCCCUGGAGCCGCCGCCUCCCCCAUCUCAUGCCCCCGAGGCCUCAGACCCCUGGCUACCUGGAUUUAGGCCCCGGGAGAAAGCUGAGCCCACCAGGAACUGCACCUCCCUGCCCCGUGACUUCGUGGACCGGGUGGUGCUACAGGUGGCCAGUCUGCUGUUGCGGGGAAGACCACUCAAGCCAGGAGGUGCCUCGAGUGGGAAUAUGCAGGCCUGGGACACAGGAGAGAGCCGCUCCUUGGCCGAGGUGGCCCGCGUGCUGGACAGUGAGACGCUGCGGCGGCUGAAGCGGGAGUGUGGGGGACUGCAGACGCUGCUGCGUAACAGCCACCAGGUGUUCCAGGUUCUCCACGGGAGGGUGCGCAUUCGCGACUGGCGGGAAGAGGGGCCGCCGGAGGGCUUGCGGUCAGGCGCCAGGCGGAGACAGGCCUCGGAGGCCCGCAAGACCCGCACCUGCUGGUUCUUCUCUCACCACCCCGACGGCUGCGUCCUGCCUGCGCACCGCUGCCCGUUUGCCCAUGGGCCGGAGGAGCUGCGGCCGCCCCUGACCCCCAGGAGGAAACAGCAGAUUCCAUGAGCCACAUACUCUGUAAUUUACAGCCUGGCCAGAGGCUGAGCCGAGGGCAG